AAAAAAUAAAAAAUAAUAACCACGAAAUUUCUGGAUGGCUCCACUUCUAUUUUCUUCCCCUACCAAAUCUUAAGUUCACCUUCUUUUCUCAAAAAUUUCAACUCCAUCACAAAACUUCCUCAUACACAACAAAUUUCAACGUCGAGCGCCAAGCUAUUUCCCAACGCUCCCGACUUCUACAGAGAUACCUCAUUUCCUUUCCACGGACGAUCUGAGAAUCUCACAAUACCGCCAAAAUGGUUAAGACUUCAGUCCUCAACGACGCUCUCAACGCGAUCAACAAUGCCGAGAAGACUGGCAAGAGACAGGUCCUUAUCCGACCUAGCUCCAAGGUCAUCGUCAAGUUCUUGACUGUCAUGCAGAAGCACGGCUACAUCGGCGAGUUCGAGGAAGUUGAUGACCACCGUUCCGGCAAGAUUGUCGUCCAGCUGAACGGCCGUAUCAACAAGUGCGGUACUAUCUCGCCCCGAUACAACGUCCACCUUGCCCACCUUGAGAAGUGGGUCGUCAAGCUGCUCCCCGCUCGUCAAUUCGGCUACAUCAUCCUGACCACCUCUGCUGGUAUCAUGGACCACGAGGAGGCUCGACGAAAGCACGUUGCCGGAAAGAUCAUUGGAUUCUUCUACUAGGUGGCUGAAAAAAAGGGGAAUGAAAAAAAGGGACUAAGGGAUAUGAACUGACUGCAGAGCAUUUUCGGCGUUGGGGAAGGAUUGAACGAUGACCAAGUUUAUGCUUGAUUAGAAUGUCUCAAGCCAAAUACACCAUGAUACCACGAAAUGCUACACAAGUCUAGUUCCAGCCUUGCAUCUCUUCCUACAGCUCGUAUUGCCAAGCCCCGCGGUUCUCCGAGGUGCACCAAAAUGCCAUGUGACAUUGAGUUCAGCUACACACUGCACAUUGCACACUGCACACUGCACACUAGCACACAUUGCAGAACAAAAAAAAAACAAAGUUCUGGUGAAUCAACUGACCCUUCUGUGCAACGGUGACUUCUAAUUGAGCUUAUUCGCAAUAAGGUUCUGUCAUCCCUUCCCAGGAUAGCAAUUUAGUAUGCUCCGAUGUUCGUGAUUCUAACUACAAUCCUUGGAAUGCCUUUUUAUUUCAUGCCAAGAUUUUACAAUACGAUAACAUAACGUACACAAAAUGGUGAAUUUCAGGAAUCCAUGAAUUUUAUGGACAUUCAAGGACAUUCAUGGAUAUUUAUGGAUUAUCAAUGGAUUUAAAUAAAUUUCAUGGGUGUUAUCUUGGCAGAUCUAGC